AUGGACAAAAAUUUCAUCAUAGACCUGAUAGAGAAUGGAGGGGAGAUCUCAGAUUCAGAGCAAGUGGACGACUCUGAAUAUGAAGAGCAGGUUGAAGAGCAAGCUGUUGAAGAGCAGGCUGAAGUAGGCCAUAAAACCAGACACAAAAGCUUGACCAACGUUACCCUUUCGAUGCUUCCACCCCUUCCGAUACCCCGUCACAAUAAGCAAAGAGAACGCAAUGGAGGAAUCAUAGUGGUGCUGCUGUCGAUCUUCUUCUUUGUUGGAACGACUCAUGGUCUUGCCUUGGAAGCAUUUGAUGGUUUUGAAUAUCACAGUACUAUAUGGUGGGUAUUGUUCAUACUGAUAUACAGUCAGGCGGGGCUGGCCAUUCUUGGUCUUAUGGCGAUGCUGAUGGUGGACCCCGGUGCCGUUCCGCGGUCCCAGCAAACAUGCUUUCCGAUUCCCGAACAAAUGACACCGGCACUCCGAGAUUAUUUGGAGCAUAAAGGAGACGGAGUUCGACUAUUCGUUCCUCCUGGAAAUAACUAUUUGGCAGCGUUGGAUCGAUCGGGAGACACCUACUGUGUUCGCUGUCUGGUGUGGCGAAGAUCCAAAGAUGGAAAACAUUAUCACUGUAAUACAUGUCAACGGUGUGUGAAAGACUACGAUCAUCACUGCAGUGUUUUUGGAAGGUGCAUUGCUGGGAGGUUGCUUUCCAUCCAAGGCAACUACACAUUCUUUGUCAGUAUGUGCGCCUUGUUUGUCACGGCAUUCUUUACCAGCUUUGUGGCGAUCGUUUGGAGUAUUUCCAAUAUCUAUGGACCUGCCUGGGUGGUACCCAUUGCUUGUCUUGUGAUUCUGUACUUUGCGGUAACCACUCGAUUGUUGGUCACGGGUCCAAUGGCACUUUGUCGGACCUGUCGGCGGAGAUGA